AUAACAGCUUGAAAGUCAUCAUAUGAUUUAAACAAAGUAUGUCCGGGUCAGUGUUUACAUUCGUUUUUUGCGUUUACUGAAAACAGGGUCGUACAGCUUAUACUAUAACUAUUACUCCUUAAGUCGUAUAUGUAUGUGGGAUAUGUGCAUCAGGUGCAGAAAUACCGGCCCUAUAAAGUUAGUUCACGAAUUUUUGAACACCCGUAAUAUCAUUAGAUAGAUAGAUAGUUUAUUAAUACAAUACAUGUCUACUAAGUUUCAUUUUGAAUUUUUGAAAAAUCGUUUUUGAUCAGGAAGAUAAAGUGACAGCCAAUUUACGAUAUCAUUCUUGACUGCAAUGGCGAAGUUGGGUGUACAUUUGGAAGAUCUUGCCGAGGAACAUGGUGAUAUCCAAACUUUCGUUUUUCUCGAUUUCGAGACUACUGGUUUGCUUCAUGAAGGAGCAAAAGUUACUGAGAUGUGCUUACUGGCUGUUACCGAAAGCGACUUAAUUGAAACAAGGUUCCCGAGGGUAACAAACAAGCUCACACUCUGCUUUAAUCCUGGAAAGUCUUUAACACCUAAGGCGAUGGAACUGUCAGGACUUACCAUUGACAUGCUGAAUGAACAAAAAACAAUGACGUCACAGAGUGUUGAUCUAAUCAACGCCUUCCUUAGUCAUCUGCAAGAGCCUGUUUGUUUACUAGCGCAUUAUGGCGAUAAAUUUGAUUUCCCCUUGUUAAUGUCCGAGCUUUAUGCCAUCAACCAGACAGACGCCUUGAAAGAGGCACUUCUUUGUGCCGAUACAUGGGAAGCGUUUAAAUCUUUACACGAUUUGCCGUCGGCAGCCGGAAGUUCAAGCAGUCGUCCAGAAAAAAGGAAAUCGGAAACUUCAACCAGUUAUUCCGACACUCCUCCAUUGAAGAAAUCUAAAAGUCUUUCAGUAGGCACUAAAGGGACAUCAAAGGCUGUAAACAAACAAGCCACCAAAAAGGCAGUUCUGAAGAUGAAGAAAUCUCUUCAAUACCGAUUACGUCGUUCAAACUUGAAGAUCUUUACUUCAGGGUCUUCGGGGAAAUGCCUGAAAAGAGUCACAUAGCCGAAGACGACUGCGUCACUUUGCUUAAGAUCGCCCAGCGUUCACCGGGAUUUAUUCGGUGGGUUAACAGGAACUCUGUAAAGUUUUCAACAAUUAGCCCGACAUAAACAUAAGACUUUUCACCUUUUCCAGUAAAAUCUACCAACUGUGUGCUAGAUUCCCAUUAGUAUUUUGCCUUUUGCAUGCACGUAUUCUGUUAUACAGAGCUUUUUUUACCAUUUUGUGCUUCAAUAUUUUAAGAGAACUGUAAGAACAUGUAAAAUUGUACAUUGUAAUCAUAUGUUAAACAUUUGUUCAUGCUGGUGUCCAAGAAGCAAUAUUUGAAAAGUGCAUAACUAAUUAAAGCCAAGCUUUUCCUUUAUCAAUUAAUAGAUGUAAAAUAAUUUGUAAAAAUGUUUUCAUCAGAAAAUUGUAAUCGAUUAAAUUACAAUUACUUUAAUAUACUUUUCUUUUGCAAUCAGUUGCACUGCGAUUAAAUAUAUUAUAGCUAUUUGUAUUUACGGCUUUAAUUACUUUUCAAACGUAACGGUUUGCUAGAAGAACACUUUUCGGCUUAAAAUUGAAAAUAUAUAUUGUGUAUACACAAUGCUGUUAGUUUUAUUAUCAUUGCCCGCAUAUCAUUGACAAAACUAUGUAUAUCUUUUAUAUCAGCUUUCCUCGCACAAACUGUAUUUGGAUGUAAGGAGGUACGAAUUGAUAGUGUGUUCGGAAUACUAAUGAAAAUUAUUGCCAGGCCGAUGUGAUUUGUCAGUCUUGAUUUGAUUUCUUGCAAUAGCAGCACUGUUCAAUGCACAUUUGUUGAAAUCGUGUUUUGUUAUGCUAUUGGUAAAUAAAUGAACAGUGAUAAAGAAGUAUGUUAAACAAAAUAGUAUUAAGCAAAAUGAUUCCAAAAUGAUUCAUAUUUGAUAUAUGAUAGUACUAAUACAGCUCUAUUACUGAACCAUGCUACAAACAUGAAUAGUUAUUCGAUAACAAAAAAUCAAGAGAAAUAUAAGAAAGUCAACAUGUAAAAGGGUAAAAUUUAUUUCUAGUUUUCUACAGAUAAAUGACAAAAAUCUUUUAAAAAUCAAUCAAUCAUCUACAUCUUAGUGGUACUCGACAACGUUCUUUCUUUUAGUUUUAUUAUCCCCGUCAUAGGUGUGUGUUGGUCGGGGAACCAUCCGCACUCCACACCUUACAAAACUAUGUAUAAGUAUAUGCAGAAUAUAUACUUGUAAGUCUGAUUCAUGGCAUAGUAUCAUUAUGAAUAUUUAGAUACGAAAAUACUGUUAUUUUAUAUAACAUGUAUCUAGCAAAUGCAUUAGCAAAAGUAUCAUUAUGAAGUAAAUACAGAUAUGAAAGUGUAAUCUGUCAUAAUAUAUAACAUGUAACUAGAAACAUUGCAUUUGCAGAGGGUAUCAUUAUAAAGUAUAUACAGAUGUGAAAAUAAUUCAAAAUACUGUAUAAAGCGGAAAUAGUAGAAGUAUCAAAUGAGCCUUAAAGUAUGGGUGAGGGAAAGGGUUGUGCUCUGUAUUUCUUGUACAAUAAUCUGGAAAUUUUACUGAAUAUUUUUGAAGUAUAAAAUGCCUGAAUAAAACAAUAAUAUGAACACUGUGACAGCUAAUCAAUUAUGCUGUUUAUUAUUUUCCUAUUUGCCUCAGAUAUGUUAGAAGUUUUGUUUUAUUAACAAUUCUUUAUUAAUAUUGAAUUCAUGUUGUAGAUAAUAUUUUAUAUCAAUCACUGAUAAUAAUCUACCAAGAUUUUUGCUUGAAAAUGUAUUUUUUUUAAUAUAUAGCGAUGCUAAGUAUUCAGGAGUGUUUUGUGCUCCAAACAAAAAGCUCAUUUUGUCCAAUAUUAUGGAAGUUUUUUUACUCUCUAACUGCCUCCUAAGGUCUUUAAAGAAUGAACUUGUGUCCCUAUAUUUACAAAACAAAUGUUCUAUGGUUACUGAUCCACUCUUGUAAAAGUCACAUAGCUCAUUAUCUUUCAAGCUUUAUGUUCUUAAAUACUUAUUAAAUGGCAAAAUUCGAUGUAGAAGUCUAUAUUGCAGCUAUUGUUAAUUACUAUCCCUUGUUACUUUAAAUAGCAUACUAUAGAAAUAUUUCCAUUCUUCAAAGUGAAAUUGCGAAUUCCAUUUUGUCUGGCUUGUUGGAGUAUCAGAGUUUCUGUUAAAAAUAUUAUAGAUGUUUUAACAUCCUGAUUUUGAUUUCAGUAUUAUUCAUAUAGGGAAAGGAAUUAAUGGGGAAUCUGUUUCUACUUCUCAUGGUGUAAUUUUCUUACUGUAGUUCAAUAUAGCUCUUGUUAUUCCAAGAUAAUGUAAUGUGUUCACAUGUAUAUUUUUACCAUUUUCAAACUCUUCAUGACAAAAUCUUGUUCUGUCUAUACACAUCAGCAAUACAUCUUAUACCAUUGUCAUUCCAGGAUUUAAAAAAUAAACUUUGUUUUCCAACAAGAAUGUUAUGGUUGUAAAACAUUGGACAUUUUAAUAAAUAUUUCUUAGUUUCCACAGGAGUAACUUUUAGAAAAUAGGAAUAUGACUGCAAAACACUUUUUCCAAAAUUUGUUUGUUAUUUUAUGUUCCAUUUUGUCUGUAUAAUAUUUUCCACAAUAAAUCAGUUUUUUUUGUUUAUCAAAUAAGCUGCCUGCCAAAUUUGCCCAAUUUGCUUGUGUGGUUAACUAUCUUCUUAUCCAUGUUAUUUUCAAACUAUGAAUAAAACACUGAACAUUUGUUAUUUAAGUCCUCCUUCACAGAAAUCCUUAAUCAUGAUUGAUUUUCUCACUUUUUCUGGCCCAUGCCAUAAUUGUCAUUAAUAGAUUUCAGUAUUUUUGUAAUCAGGAUCUGGGAGAGAGAUGAACAUGUGAUUAAAGGCUGAUUAAAGCUAAUUUUGAAGCCUGAAAUAUUUGCAAAAAAGUCCAACUCUGUCAGAGUUUUGUUUAAUGAUUCACUUGUUCCAUUCAGAAUUACUGAUGUAUCAUCGACCAAAAGUGAAAAUAAUUGUUCUAUGUCAUUUAGAUUUAUUUACCUUUUAUUUUUGUUCUGUUUUAUUUUCUUAGUAAGUAUUUCAGUGAGGAGGAUAAAUAGGUAAGGUGACGAGGGGUCACCUUGACGACAGCCAUGGCCAAUAUCAAAAGAAUCUGAUAGAAAACCACACUGGCUGACAGAUGACUGUAUAUCCGAGUAAAAGAGUUUUAACCAGUUUUUAAAGCAAUCGCCAGAAUUAAAGAAACUGUUGUUUUCUUCGGCAAAAUGCAUAAUGAAAUAGAUCAGUCUUGCAUUUUCACCAAUAAAUCUAUCUUUUAUAAA